CCUCUUUUGAUGAAUCGGCGCUUUCUGGUUAUGUUCGCCUUCAGGAAUUCGUUUCUUCUGUGAAAGAGUCGUGUGCCCCUCUGAUGGAAAGUUCGGCUAUCAAUGGCGGGGAAAGGGCCUCGAAAUCGUCUCUCUCCUUAGGUCCAUCCGCAAUCGCACUUGGAAAGAUAUCAAGUCGGUUCUAUCAACGGGUCUGCUUGAGUCCGCGAGCGGCUUAAAUGGCCGAUGAAAGUGGACUACUCUUCCUUUUCACAAGCUGAACGAACGAAAUUCGAGCACUCUUUCACCAACUUAUUGCGACUUGAAGAGUUUGGUUCCGAGAUCCAUAAUAAUGACGAGCACUCGAUGUCUGAUGAUGCCAUCAAAGGAUUAUAUCCUCUUCAAGCCCUGGUUCAGCCUAUCGCCGCAAGGUUCAAAUUUCAUUUCGAGGGGCCAGGCCCACCAAUCGGCUCGAUAAGCCGGAAUUCUACUUCACUCACAUUCUUAAUGUCAUUCAUGAGCACAGACCGUUCAUGGAAACCAUUCUCCAACCUCUUGCGAGAAAGAGUUCACAGAAGCUCAUUGUCGUUACUGUCAGCAGGAUUCUACAACUGUUUGGCAUAGAAUUAACGAAUAUUCUAGCAAGAGUUCAUUUACUUGCUUCUUCCCAUCCUGUCACGGAAAAUUCGAAAAACCGUCCCGGUUCUUCUGCACCAUCCCUCAUUGCUCGCUCACACAGUGUAUCAAAC